AAUAUGCUGGCUUUCACCGGGUACUUUUUAAUACACUGAGAUGGUCCUUCUUACUUCUACCCUCCAUAACACCCAUAACACACACCCUAAAAUUACUCAAAGUAAGGUAAGGAAAUCAUAUGACAAAAAAAGCAAAUAAGUGUGAACGUCAAAACUCUUACUAUAUAGAAUUUACUCAGUUCGGCCAAUGACAAUUAUUUGAUUCAAGUAACCUAAAAAUUACCACGUGUACUCCAAACAAAACAAAAAAUUUUUAAGAAACGGUUCAAAAUUUAUGAAUACAUAAUCAAGAAACAGCAUAAAGUUAAGUAAAACAUCAAAACACAUAAAAAAUGAAACCACCAAAACUAGAAAUCAUGGAGACUCCUAAAAAGAAAGCUUUGAAAAAUAAAAAUAAUGGAUGUAAUCCGUCGGAUGAAUCUAUUCCAAAAAGAAAAAAAAGAAAGGCAAAAAGUUUAGAUGUUCCCAAAGAUAAUAUGGAUCAGACUACUGAGAAAAAAAUUAAAUUGGAAAAUACACUUAAUGAAUCAGAUCAUGUUUCAUCGGAGACUGAAAAUGUCGUAGAAGAAAGUGAGCCAAAAAAAAUAAAUUACAGUGUGGAAGAAUUAAAAAAAAAAAUUGAAAUUCUUUCUAGCAAAGACAAUCUUACAAAAAGUGCCCGUAAAAAUUUAGCUAAAUUAAAAAAAAAAUUAAGUGUACAAGAAAAUAUUUCCGCAACAGCGUUACCGAAGAAACAAGUUGAAAAAGAAUUUGCAGAAAAAGUAUGUACUGUUGAUGACAAAGAAAAAAGUGUCGAAAAAAAGCAUUCUGUUCAACAACCCGCGAAAAAAACUCACAAUACAAAAAAUGAAAAAAACCUAAAUCAAAAAAAUAAAAAUGAAGUACGAUCAAAAAAAAUAAAAAAAGAAAAUGUCAAUAACAUCAAAACAUUGUCUAACAAAGAAGAAACAGAAGAAAAUAAAACAAAUCGUAUUAACCAAUCAAAAAAAGAAAUUGGCAAAGAACAACAACAAAAAAAAAAGCGACAUGUUCUUUUUGUCGGUAACAUCCCUUAUGGAGCAACUGUUGAAGAAAUUAAAAAUCAUUUUCUUAAGGAAGUUAGUCAAGUAAUAAGUGUGAGGAUUCCAACUGUUAAAAAAAUAAAUGAACCUCGCGGAUUCGCUUAUGUUGAAUUCAGUAACAGUAUCGAUUAUGAGAAAGGAUUAUCAUUGCAUCACUCUCAGUUAAAUGGCCGAAGAAUAAAUGUUCAAUAUACUCAAAGUGGUUCCAAAAAUGCGGGCAAGAAAUCUGAAAUAAUUAAAAAGAAUCAAUUGUUACAUUCUCUUCGAAAACAAGGAAAGUUAGCUGGUGAUAAAAAUUUUAAAAGUCGACAAAAUUUUAAAAAGUAUCAAGAGACAAAUAAAUUAUAAACAAUCUUACAUUUUAAUAAAAAAGUAUUAAAAUGCAAA